UGAUCGAGCGCUGAUCAUGACUAGUCGACUGUAUUGUUGCUGACAAAAUUGUGAGUGCUGCGGAAAGACAUCAACGGCUGGCAUUCGGCUAGGCUAGGGUUGGAGACCAGUUAGACAGGCACUCAGUAGGGUUCUGGAUGAUGUAUCUGCCAAAAUGCCAUCGCCAGACCCUAGGGCGAUGAAGAUGACACCUUUUUGAAAGACGAAUAUUCGAAAUUUGUUGGUUAGCUGUGCUAGGAUGAUUAGUGUAGUAGCGGUAACGUUUGUAAUUGUAAGGAUGACUUUGGUUAUGGUAGAGAGGACCAUUACUGGCAUUAGGCAUUAGAUCUUUCUAGUCCUCACACUACAUAGUGCUGUAGAUAAGACGUGCACUAGAAAUAACACUGUGAUUGUUGGUUGCCAGCAACAGCGGAUUUACCGUGUUCUGACACUGACAGUGGCACUCUCCAUGUAGUUGCUGCUGCCACGAGUUGAAUUGGUAGUGUGGGCGAGAAGUGAAGCCAGACGCAACGCACGCUACUCCUUCAGAUGCUGCUACUAGUUGAAUAGUCGAUUUCCCACUACAAACAUUGAGUGUCUCGGGAGCGACAGCCUAGUCCACCUUAGGCUUAGAUUUAGACAUAGUUCUUCAACAAUGUGAUCACGAAGUUCGCCAUACGUGGAUCGGAUCAGCGGCGAGUUCAUGAUCAAUCAUGCGCAGCCUUGAUUUGGCAACCGGUGGCAGGGAAGACGACAUGUUGGAGAAGUCGGUUGCAUCUCCCACACAGCAUAACGUCAACCCCAACAAGCCAUCUAUGGACAAUAGCCUGACCAAUAUUACAUGGCUCGGGGAUGUGAAUCUUCCCAGCUCCCUAGAAACUGUGACAUCUUCUACAGCUGGCAAGUGCAACCCUCCAAGCAGCCCGACAGCAGACAACAAUGGCAGGGCAUGUACUGAGGCUCUUCAACAACGUCGAUUCUCAAAUAUAUCUAAGCCAGACGUCAGUGGAAGCGACACAGCAUUUUCACAGCUAGAUGAUUCCUCGUCCGCUCCAACACCGCCUGAUACAAUAGAGUGCACAUGCGAUGAUAUCACCGAUAAGGAAAACGAAGAGGAGAGUCGCCGUCCUCCGUAUUCGUAUGCAGCGCUGAUCGCCAUAGCAAUACACACGUCACGUGACAGAACCAUGUCACUGACAGAGCUGUAUGAGUGGUUUGAAGACAAUUUCACCUAUUACCGCAGUGCGAAGAAAGGAUGGAAGAACUCGAUUCGCCAUAACUUGACGCUAAGGGCAUGUUUUCAACGAGUGCCUACACCCAACGGCCGUGGAUCUCGCUGGACUCUGAAAGACUGCCCACAGACUGAAGAGCUUCUCGGCAUGAGCAAACCUCAGAAUGGCACCGGCCACCCGCACACGCCCCUGCUUGACGUAGACCAAUCCGGCAGUGUCCAGAUGGUGUCGAGCUGUCCAGCAGACUCUUCAGACGAACAGGCACGCUCACUCUAUUCCUCCACUGUUCCUCAGCAUGCUGACAGCUGCGGAGUCGAGCCCAGUCCUAAGCGCCAAUGUUCAGUACAGCAGCAACGUGGACAGGGGAGCCAUGCCAUAUCCAGUGACAGUGUUUUCAUUGGUCCCAUUCCCUGUGAUCUGCUCAGCUCGUUUUGUCCAAGUCAAGGCCUCCUCAGGCACUUGCAGGCCGUCUCAGCACAAGUCGUACAAUCGCAGAUAAAGGAACAUCUCGCACCGCUGCACCACUUUGCCCCUCCAGGUCUGCAUGCAUUCCCAAGUCCGGUGGAGGAGUUUGAUGGCCCAAUACUACCACUGCCUCAAACGUAUAGUACUGCAGUAGCAACAGCAGGUGUAGGGCAAGGGUCUGGAACUACGCAGCGACCUCAACGGCUGCCUGCAAUCCAACAGUUCCCAGGGAUCCGUACUAGGCUAGGCAGCUCUGCUCCUAGUGGUAUAACUGUCGGGUCAACUCCUCCCAACCAUUGUCAACCUCAUUUAUCUGUCCCUUCCUUCACAUCCGCACAUCCUCAAUUCAGCAACAACAUGAUCCAGAGUCAUGGUACUGCUAUUCCAGCAAUAGCGUCCAAAACACUGUGUCAAUUCCUGCAACCGCCAGGCAACAUGAUGUCAACACCUGUUCCCCAGCCAACAAUGGCAAAUGGCAGCCACAGACCUUCAUCGUCUGCCAGUAACCCAUCGCAAUAUCAAAUGAGCGCACUGGAAAUGAGUCAAGGGCUCACAACACCAGCAGCAGCAGAUACUCCUAGCGACACAUUAUCUCCUACAACUCCAGAAUCCCAGCCAGCAGAUCCUGAGGCACAAAUUGGUGAAACGCAUCCCAGUGGGAAAAUAUCUUCUCGCAGUCAACUCGGUGAUAUCACCAACACCGUGGCACCCAGCAAUGCUCAUGGUGUGCAGGCUUUGAAGAGCAACUGUGACACACCAUGGACAAUAGGCAACGGCACUGUGCCAAAUCUUCCUAAUGGUUGGAGUCCCACACUAGCGGGGAUGAUACCUCAGAGCGAAGCCAUGACUGAUCUUGAUAUGGACCUGUUUGAUCUGCGAAACUACCUUUUCUCUCCGCAAGUUCGUGCCGAUCCUUCUCAUCAGCUGUCCAGUCCCACAUUCAACAAAGCAGCUGCAGACUCUAUGGAUGCUGCUGGUGAUAAGAGUGACAUGGCCAGCGCAGGCAAUACGGCUAUAGGCAACCAGACACCGUGCGGCCGACCGUCCUUUAGAAUGCCCGCCAGGUUUCUUACGCCAGGAAUGGGCUCUGCUCCGGGCCCGGCUGGCACCGACAAUUUCCUUGGGUUCUCUCCAAGUCUUCUCAAGCCCAUCUAUGACCAGAGUGGUCCGAUCUCUCCGCUCAACCUGGGUAUGGAGCGCAGCUGCAGAGCAGAAUCUGAUUCUGCUAGCGCUACAUGCUCACAACAGGCUCAGGCACUGAAAAGCAGCACACCAAGGAGUGUGUCUUCGCUUUCAGUGCCGGCCGGCAAUCCAUAAGAACAGACACAACAGGAUGCACACUAGGUUACAUUAACUCCUUUUCCCCUGCCCAGUCCCCUGCCCAGUUCAACUGAAGAAGUCUUUCAAUGACUUGCAGGUAGCUUUCUUUUCACAUUCAGUCUACAUGUAUUUCAUACCCUCCACAUUUUGGUGAAGCAAGAUGCCGUCAUUGUUUAGUUACCAUCACACAUCAGUGAGGAGAAUGUUAGCUUGAAUAGUGCCGUGAUGCCG